AUGUUGUUGAGUAUGGAUGUUAUGAAGGUGCGGGACUGGACAUAUCUCGAGGACCCUCCCCAAGACAUUGGCCCAGCUCGACAUCUUCUCGAGGUUUACAGCAAAAUUCCAUACAAUGACCUGGACGGUCACAUACGCCGUGUGCGAGAGAAAGCCUGGUGCAUCUCACAGUACCCUUGCGUUGGACGAUGGAAGUUCCUUUACAUCCCAGACCCUAAGGACCCUCGCUAUCAACAGGCUCUCUUCCGCCUCAACGUCGCCGGCUCUAGGGAUGUCCUUCUCGAUCUCGGAUGUGGUGUCGGGCAGGUGAUCCGACAAUUCCGCGCAGACGGUGUCGACGGAGCUCAACUUAUCGGUACUGAUCUGCAGGCCAAGUUCAUCGACAUCGGGUACGAUUUGUUCCAAGAUCGACAUCAGCUAGGCGCCGCCUUUGUCGCUGGCGAUAUGUUGGACCCUGAAGACAAGGAGAUGGCUUCUUUGCGCGGCAAGAUCACCAUGGUUCAUGCGGGCAGUUUCUUCCACCUCUUCAACUGGAUCCAGCAACUCUAUAUCGGCAAACGCGUUGUCGAAUUUCUCAAGCCUGGCACUAAAAACGCAAUGAUAUAUGGCCGUCAGGUCGGCACGAAUCAUCCAGGACCGACUUCCACCAGCACCCGAUCCGCUUAUUUGCACGACCAAGCAAGCUUCCAACGACUUUGGGACGAAGUUGGCGCCCUAACGAAAACGCGAUGGCAGGUCCAGAUCGAACCCACGGGAGAGCCUGUAUCCAAAGUGCCUGGCUUCAACAAUCACACAUUCCCGGUCAACUUUACCGUUUACCAGGUAUCAUGA